CUUUCAAUCUUCAACGAGGGUCAAUGGUCUUUGUUCAAGAAUAACCCGUGUGUUCACAUUCCUGGGCAGCUUCUAUCUUCUUCCUCUCGACAGAUUCGGGUCGUCAACAUAUUUUCCCAGUCUGCAGUCCUUUCCUUUGCGCACCACUUCUCCUCAGUAGACAUCACGAAGUGGUUCGCCUAACGACUGUAUUCGAAUACUAGGUCAACUUAACUUACUUGGACCUCAACGGAACCUAUCCCGCUAGCCUGUCCCAACAAUGGGGUUCGGAGUGAUUGACCCUCAUAAGGUGAAGAAAAAUGGAUAUGUUGAGGCGAACGACUAUGCGCUGCCAUAUCUGAGUAGUCACUUUGAAGAAAACAGUCUUAAGGAUGACAACCUUAACAUGUUGCAGCAUGUCAACUGCAGCUACUUAUCAACUCCUGGGAGGCCGCCAACUUUGGAAGCACUGAAGAAACAUGCGCAGUCGCUGACUGUACUCAUUUCGCAGUUCGCUCCCUCAUCAGGCCCAGGCGAGAUCAACAACGCAAGAUCCCAAGACCCCCAAGCUCGGCGAUUCAACAGGGAUGAGGCAUUUGACUGGCUGAAUGAUCUUCAGACACCCUACAGCAAUGCAGAUCGCGCACACCAUCGCCCCCUCAACAGCCUGACCAACCGAGUCAAGAGCAACAGCGACAUCGACGGUGUCCAAUACCACUGUCCACUGGAGGAGCAUCCCAUAUUGCCUCAACAGCCGAAAAGUGAGUCUGCGAAGCUGUUCAAGAAAGAACGACAGUUCAGGCUCCAUGCCAGACACACCAACCUGUUGAUGCAUGCGAAUGAAUGCCUCGAAAUGCUUGACCAUGAGUUUUCGGCGACGGGGGGCCUGCUGUCGAUACUGCCGACGCAGCAAGGACUCGAAGCAAAGCAGUUGGAAUCCGUGAAGGACACUCUCGUGGGCCAAUGGCUUGUCUUCACCCAGCAGCUCAUAUGUCGAAUGCAUGAGCUAGAAAUAGCCUAUGCCAACAGCCUGGAUCUCCUCAAGGGUGAAGCAGUCGUUCCCAUGCAGCAUCUGAGCAUCCAUGGGCCAGAUGGACGGUCCGGAAGGACGAUUGUGUUUCCCCAGGAUCGUUGGAUCCUGGCCAACGCUGGAGACGACGUCCUUCAGUUCCUGCACCAGAGUCUGGACAAGAAGGAGAUCAGCGCCGGCGAUAUCGAAAAACAGCAAAAAGCUAUGGGCGUCAUCGGCGAAACGUUGAUUGGGUCAACUGCGACGGCACGCGGCAUUGUCCAUCUCGAUCUCAACACGAGAUUCUACCGGAUCAAAGGAGACCAGCGCGGCCCCAUUUACGUCCUGCCAGCCUAUGCUGACCGCCCAGGGACUGCUUAUACCCGGGAGAUGGAGAGCAGGCCAACUAUAGUCGCGAUACCGACGCCCAAGUUUCCUGAGCGCGUCAGCGAGUGGGAAAGGAAAUCCCAAGGAAUGGAACAGCAGCUGCAGAGCCUCAAGGACGAAGUCAACAAGCUGCGCCGACAGAACGACUCGGUUCACAAGGAAAACGGGCAGCUCGAGGCGGAAGCGGACAGCCUGCGCAGGGUUCUCGACAGGUACAAGAAGACGUUCGACACGCCUGAAGGGAAGGCCGCCCAGAAGGACAUUGACCACUGGAAGCGGAGACUGGACGAGCUCGGGAACCAGUUGCAUGUGGAACAAGGCCUCGCAGGCAUAUUGCAGACACAGAUCGAUGCGCUUACGCCAAACGAGUAUUCGUGGAAGAACGUGGCAGGCGAGUUGCCUCGGGAUGUGGAUGGCAAUAUUACAAACAAAGCUAUGAAGGGGAUGUUGGAGACUAUGAAGAAGGUCUCGCAUGAGAAUAACUCUUUGAGACAGAGACUUGCCAGACUUGAGACUGCCUGUCGUAAGACCUGAGCAGGCAGAGUUGAAAGAGGUAAUUUAACCAGCUAGGUUGCGCAACGUAGGGUUAGCAUAGCAUUAGUAGUGGGAUUUUCUGGAAUUGCCAAAUUUGACACUUCAUCAGCAAACUUCCUGGUCCAAAUACUACCGUAGUACUACAAGUCAUCAUCUGGUCAUCGAGGCGACCAGAUUGCCGACCGUCCCUCUCAAUGCUUCAAUUUUGUUGUGAUGAUGAGGUGGGACAAGAC